AUGAACCGUCACGUAGCUCUGCUCCUCUGCGCCUCCUUGGUGCUCAACGCGGCCGCCGAGGAGAAGUACCCGACCACGUUCGACAGCCUGGAUCUGAAGGAGGUGCUGUCGGAUGAAACUCGAGUCCAGGACGCGAUGCGCUGCCUGCUGGAAGAAGGAGACUCAGCGUGCAGACCCGCCGCGAAGGCGCUCAAGGAGGUGCUGCCCGAAAUAGUGCGUACAGACUGCGCCAAGUGCACUGAGACACAGCACAAGAAGAUCGGAGGUUUCUUCGGAGAGAUUUCACGCCGCCACCCAGACCUCAUGAAGAAGCUGCUGGACAAGUACGACCCAUCUGGAGAAUACAGGAAGAAGUACGCCAAGUCCUGGGCCGAGCACGGCAUCCACCUCUAAUCACCGUCAU